UUGAUCCGCACAUCCGCAGACCGUCGCACCGCCCAACUUUGGUUUGUUAUGACAUCUAUUUUGUAACAGGGCAAAACCGGGUGAUAUCUGUUUUUUUCACACUACGUUACUCUGGAGAGCUACGGGCGCACUUGGUCAGAGUCACAGCUGCAAAAACGAAAAUAUUCAGCUCCGUAAAUGUUUCCAGUCUGUAGAUAUUCCCUCCAAGGACUGAGGUGUAUACAUGCACUGAAGGCAGUUCAAGCUGAGCAUGUUGCUCCUCAGGUGUUUUCUACAAGAUGCUGCUCCUCUGUCUCUGUGCCACGGAUCACCACUCAUUACACAGUGUACCCCAGAGAUAAGGACCCACGAUGGGAAGGUGUUGAAAUGGAGCGCUUCGCCGAUGAGGCAGAUGUCGUCAUUGUAGGUGGCGGCCCGGCCGGUUUAGCAGCAGCCAUCAGGCUGAAGCAACUGGCCAAUGAGCAUGAGAAGGAGCUGCGGGUUUGUGUGGUGGAAAAAGCAUCUCAGAUUGGAGCUCACACGUUGUCGGGAGCUUGUCUGGAGCCCACAACGCUCAGUGAGCUCAUUCCAGACUGGAAGGAGAAAGGGGCACCUCUGAAUACUCCAGUUACAGAAGACAUGUUUUCCAUUUUGACAGAAAAACACAGAAUUCCUGUUCCAAUAUUGCCAGGUCUCCCGAUGAAUAACCAUGGUAACUACCUUGUGCGUCUGGGUCAUUUUGUGCGGUGGCUUGGAGAACAGGCGGAAGAGUUGGGAGUGGAACUGUAUCCUGGUUAUGCAGCAGCCGAGGUGUUAUUUCAUGAAGAUGGAAGCGUGAAAGGAAUUGCGACUAAUGAUGUCGGCAUCGCCAAAGACGGCUCUCCAAAGGAUGUGUUUGAAAGAGGCAUGGAGCUUCAUGCUAAGGUCACUCUUUUUGGGGAAGGCUGCCACGGACACCUGGCCAAACAGCUCUACAAUCGGUUCAAUCUCAGGGAGAACUGUGACCCGCAGACAUACGCCAUUGGACUCAAAGAGCUUUGGGUUAUCGAUGAAAAGAAGUGGCGUCCGGGCCGAGCGGAGCACUCUGUUGGCUGGCCUCUGAACCGGCACACUUACGGAGGCUCUUUCCUCUAUCACCUCAAUGAAGGAGAACCACUGGUGUCCCUCGGCUUUGUUGUUGGCUUAGACUACAGCAAUCCCUACCUCAGCCCGUUUAAGGAAUUCCAGCGUUGGAAACAUCACCCAUUUAUCAAAUCUACCCUGGAAGGUGGCAGCAGGAUAGCAUAUGGAGCCAGAGCCCUCAAUGAAGGAGGUUUUCAGUCGAUUCCCAAACUGACAUUUCCAGGUGGCAUGCUGAUAGGGUGCAGUCCAGGCUUCAUGAACGUGCCCAAGAUCAAAGGCACGCACACGGCCAUGAAGAGCGGCAUGCUGGCGGCCGAAUCUGCGUUCAGAGUGAUCACAGAUGAGAAUCUUCAGUCUGAAACAGCAGGACUUUAUAUACCUGACUAUGAGGAAAGUGUAAAAAAGUCUUGGAUCUGGAAAGAGUUGCAUGCUGUGAGGAACAUCAGACCAUCGUUUCAUAACUACUUUGGCCUCUACGGGGGGAUGAUCUACACUGGAAUCUUCUACUGGAUUUUUAGAGGAAAGGAACCAUGGACACUGAAGCAUAUUGGUCUGGACUCUGCUCAGCUAAAGCCAGCUAAGGAUUGUACACCCAUCGAAUAUCCAAAGCCCGAUGGUAAGAUCAGCUUUGAUCUCCUGUCAUCUGUAGCCCUGAGCGGGACCAAUCACGAGCACGACCAGCCGGCUCAUUUGACGCUGAAAGACGACAGCGUUCCAGUGGGCCGAAACCUUUCCACUUAUGACGGACCUGAACAGAGAUUCUGUCCUGCUGGAGUUUAUGAGUUUGUUCCUCUUGAGACAGGCGAUGGUAUGAGAUUACAGAUCAACGCACAAAACUGCGUCCACUGCAAAACCUGUGAUAUCAAAGACCCCAGCCAGAACAUCAACUGGGUUGUGCCUGAGGGCAGUGGUGGGCCAGCUUACAAUGGCAUGUGAUUUCACUAUUCUUUACUCGUUUCAUUUAUUGGGGCAUUUUACAAAGGUUACAAAAUCACUUUGGGCCUUUAGCAAACAUUCAGGUUUGAACCGUUACGAAACAGCUUGAGUGCGCUUCCAGUGUGCCUAAACACAACCGAAUGUCCUCGUAUCUUUACUGAUACGAGCAUGAGGUGUUAUCACGUCAAGUCACAGCUUUUAAUAGAUGAUGUUUAAAUCUUGUAAGAUUUGAAACAAUUUUAUAUUAACCAUGUCUGUAUCUAAUUAAUCUGUUGUAAUGUCAACUUGUUGGAUUCAAUUCUAGGGAACACGUAGCCCACGUGACAUUGUUAAUACAGGACCUGUAAACAGCUUUGUAUAUAUUAUCAAAGUUGGUAACUGUAAAUGGUAGAAAUAAAUGAAUGGUUCUAA